UUCAGAGCCGAGGGCGACCGCGCUGCCUACCCCGCCGCCUGCCCCCAGCUGCCCAGCCCGCCGGGCGCUCCCGCCGCCGCCUCUCCGCGCGUCCCAGCAGAGCCGUCGAGAUGGGUGAGUCAAACGACGACAUAGACCAAAUGUUCAGCACUUUGCUGGGAGAAAUGGAUCUUCUAACCCAGAGUUUAGGAGUGGACACUCUUCCUCCUCCAGAACCUAAACCACCUACAGCUGAAUUUAACUACAGUGUGGGUUUUAAAGAUUUAAAUGAGUCUUUAAAUGCACUAGAAGACCAAGAUUUAGAUGCCCUCAUGGCGGAUCUGGUAGCAGACAUCAGUGAAGCUGAGCAGAGAACAAUCCAGGCACAGAAAGAAUCCUCUCAAAAGCAACAGGAUUCAGCAGCUGUGGAGGUGUCAAAUUACAGUGGUGCAGCCUCUCUGGGUUAUGGAGCAAAUGUUGCGGCAACUGGUUUUAGCCAAUAUGAGAAUAAUUUACCACCUCCAUCAGCUGAUCCUGUGUUAGACCUUCCACCGCCUCCACCACCUCCCGAACCUCUCUCUCAGGAAGAAAGAGAAGCCCAAGCCAAAGCUGAUAAAAUUAAACUGGCAUUGGAAAAACUGAAGGAGGCCAAGGUUAAAAAGUUAGUGGUCAAGGUGCACAUGAAUGAUAACAGCACAAAGUCACUGAUGGUGGAUGAGCGACAGUUGGCUAGAGAUGUUCUGGACAAUCUUUUUGAAAAAACUCAUUGUGACUGCAAUGUGGAUUGGUGUCUUUAUGAAAUAUACCCAGAAUUACAAAUUGAGAGGUUGUUUGAAGACCACGAAAAUGUUGUUGAAGUCUUAUCAGACUGGACAAGAGACACCGAAAAUAAAGUGCUAUUUUUGGAGAAAGAGGAAAAAUACGCUGUAUUUAAAAAUCCCCAGAAUUUCUACUUGGAUAACAAAGGGAAAAAAGAAAGCAAGGACUCCAAUGAUAAAAUGAAUGCUAAGAACAAGGAAUCCUUACUGGAGGAAAGUUUCUGUGGAACAUCUAUCAUUGUACCAGAACUUGAAGGAGCUCUUUAUUUGAAAGAAGAUGGAAAGAAAUCCUGGAAAAGACGAUAUUUUCUUUUACGGGCUUCUGGAAUUUAUUAUGUCCCCAAAGGAAAGACUAAGACAUCUCGAGAUCUGGCAUGUUUUAUACAGUUUGAAAACGUCAACAUUUACUAUGGGAUUCAUUGUAAAAUGAAAUAUAAAGCACCCACUGACUACUGCUUUGUUUUAAAGCACCCCCAAAUUCAGAAGGAGUCUCAGUAUAUCAAGUAUCUUUGCUGUGAUGAUGCCAGAACUCUCAACCAAUGGGUCAUGGGAAUAAGGAUCGCCAAGUAUGGAAAGACUCUCUAUGAUAACUAUCAGCGGGCUGUGGCAAGGGCUGGACUUGCCUCUCGGUGGACAAACUUGGGGACUGUCAACACAGCUACACCAGAUCAGCCUUCCACAGGACUUAAAACUGGCACUGCCCAGCCCAAUGGUCAGAUACCCCAGUCUGCACCUUCUGUCAAGGUUGUUCUGGAAGAGGCCCAGAGAAAUGUUGAAACAACUAAGGAUCAGAAGCCUGCCAUGAGUAACCACCACCCAGGAACGCCCAAGGCCCAGCACCUCCCGAAGGCCAGCCUGCCGCCACCCCCGCCUCCAGUGCGGCGGUCCUCGGACACCUGCAGCAGCCCCGCGCUGCCCAAGGCCAAGUUCGCGGGCACCAGCGUCUUCCCGUCCCCACCCGACGACUGCCUGCCGCCGCCGCCCCCGCCGCCUCCCGAGGACGAGGAGGUCCUGCCGCCACCGCCGGAUUUCUACGAAGCGCCCCCGGACUUCGUGCCCCCGCCCCCGCCGUCGUUUGCAGGCGACCUGGGCUCCGAUUUGCCGCCGCCUCCUCCGCCCCCGCCCUGCCUGGCCCCGGAACCCGCCGGGCCGCCCCCGAUGGCAGUCAAAAGGCCUCCCGUGCCCCCCAAGAGGCACGAGAACCCAGGACUCCCUGGCGGGGGAGCGGGCGGAGAGCAGGAUUUCAUGUCAGACCUCAUGAAAGCCUUGCAAAAGAAGAGGGGCAACCUUUCCUAGGGCAGCCCGGGACGUGCUUGCAGGAGGAGCAUUUCUAGUGUCCAGUGCACGUCCUGCUGCUUCACUGUCAGGACGUCGCCUUCCUGUUAGAUUCACUGUUGAGGUUUUCCAGACUAGAAAUGAUGUAGUCCAGUUCCACUGUUGUGCUCAAGUAUGUUCAUAGCAAGAUUUAGACUAUCCGACUCAAGUACAUCUCUCUCCUAUGUAUUUUCACCUGGAUGGAAUUUAUCUUCCCAUUCAAGUUAACUAGAAUGAUGUCUUGGGUUCGUUUAUUUUAUUAUGCUCUGAAGCCUCAAAUUAAUAAAAGUUGAAAGUUUUACUGAA